AUGCCGACGCCGACGCCGAAGCCUCGCCGCCAUGCGCUGCUGCUCGCGGCGCUCGUCCUCGCGGCCGGCGCGGUCGCGCAGGCGGACGACGAGGACGCGUGGGACAAGAAGGGCGACGGCGGGAGAGGGGUCGUGUACGGCGCGAGGAAGCCGCCCAGCUUCAGCGCGCCCAUGGUGGUGCUCCUCGUCGCGCUCAUCGCCACCUUCUUCUUCAUCGGCUUCUUCUCCAUCUACAUCCGCCAGUGCGGCCGCGGCAACUCCCCCACCAUCCCGGCCGCCGCGUUCCUCGUGCUGUCGCGCCAGCAGGAGCAGCAGCAGCAGCAGCAGGCUCGGCCGCGCGGGCUCGACCCGGAGGUGGUCGCCUCGUUCCCCGCCAUGACCUACGCCGAGGCGAGGGCGCUCCGGGACAAGGACGCAGGAGGCAAGGGCGACGACGACACGACCGUGCUCGAGUGCGCCGUCUGCCUCAGCGAGUUUGAGGACGGGGACCAGCUCCGCCUCCUCCCCAAGUGCAGCCACGCGUUCCACCCGGACUGCAUCGGGGAGUGGCUCGCCGGCCACGUCACCUGCCCCGUCUGCCGCUGCAGCCUCGCCCCCGAGGAGCCGGCCCCGGCCGCGGCCGAAGCGGACGGCGCUGGCGGGGAGGAGCAGCGGGCGCCGGAGGUGGCCAUCGACAUGAACCGCGAUGGCGAUGGCGAGGCGCAGGAGGAGAGGAUGAGAGAGGCGGCGGAGCUGGAGCGGAUCGGGAGCCUGCGCCGCGCCGUGCGGUCGCGGUCGGGGCGGCCGUUCUCGCGCGCGCACUCGACGGGCCACUCCCUCUCUGCGCGGUUCGACGGCGACCUGGAGCGGUUCACGCUGCGCCUCCCGGAGCACGUGCGCAGGGACAUGGUAGCCGCGGGCGAGGAGAGCCUGCGCCGCACGGUGGCGCGGGACGCCGGCGCACGGAGCGCGCGGAUCGGCCGGUCCGACCGCUGGCCGUCGUUCAUCGCCAGGACAUUCUCCUCUAGGGUGCCGUUCUGGGCGGCCUCGAGGAGGGCGCCGGACGCGGAGGCGGUGGGAGCGCCCGCCCCUACGACUCCGACGGCGCCGCCGCUGCCAAGAACCGUUCGUGAGAAGACGUCGGACGGGUCCGUGGGCUCGGCCAACAACAAGGGGAGCGUGCGGUUCGACUGCCUCGGCGGCAGGGUCGACGGCGACAGCGAGGAGGAGCCGGAGGAGGAGAAGGCGAUCGUCCGGCGAGUCUGA